UGCGUUUGGCGUUUUAUUAAGCGUUUGUCGAGAUCGUUCUCAUGGGAAAUUCACACAGUUGAUAGACAUUAGUCCGCUUUGCCUCGAUGAUCAGCGGCAGGGAGGCGUGAAGUAACGCUCACGCCUAGUUGUGAUCAACGUGACGCUCCAGCAAACGAGCACCAAACACACCCAAAGGCGUUAGCUACUUUAUUUUUAAUUUUCGUUACUGUCAAGAUAGGUACAUAUUAUUAAUUGAACUAUUUUUUGUUUUACUUCAGGGUUCCCAGUCGAUGGAACAUACCUGGAAAUUUUCCCUGCACAGCCCUAGAUGAGACGCUGAGAGGCUUUUUCACACAGGACAACCCAAAAUCUACAGUGUCAUCUGCCCUUCAUACUACCUACAGCACACACCCAUGGAUCCCCAAGAAGAUCUUGUAGACAGGGACAUCCCUCUGACUGUACUGCUCCCAGGAGGACAGGAGACCACAGCCACAGUGAAUGGCAGUAAACCAGUUAUGGAUGUUCUGGUUGCGUUGUGUGCUCAACACCACCUCGUUCCAUCGGAUCAUGUCAUCAAGCUUAUCUCCACAAAUCAAAACCACAUCAGUUUCAAACCCAACUCCAUGAUUGGCUCUCUUGAGUUUGAAAGAGUUGUCCUGCAAACUAAAGGAAGUGAUGCUAACAAGAAAAAACCUAAUAUUCCUGUGGCAACAGUUCGUCUUCUGAUAAACUACAAGAAGUCCCAUAAGGCAGUAGUACGGGUCAGUCCUACCAUGCCGCUGAUUGAGUUAAUGCCCACAGUGUGUGAGAAGUGUGAGUUCAACCCUGAUUAUACCAUCUUACUAAAGACAUAUCAAUCAGAGGAACCCCUGGAUCUCACCAAAACGCUGAAUGACUAUGGAAUCAGAGAGCUGUAUGCCAAGGAAAUGAAAGUGGUACCAGUGAAUCCUCCUGUUGACCCUGUAUCAACUUAUAAAGGUGGUGAGGAAGAACAGAAAACACCAGUCAAAGAAAAGAAGGGAAACAAAGGUUUCUUUGGCUUAUUCAAGAAGAGCAAGAAAACACCUGAGCAGGCUGUGACUGACAGUGCUUCAGCAUCUCCUGAUCUGAACGGCCAGUGUGCGGACAGGGUGAAUGGUCUUAAUGGCCACUCAACCUUACCCAUGGUCCCUGCUGACAUGCCGAAGAAGAGACGCGCCCCACGGCCUCCUAUGACGGCGUCCCAGAGUGUCGCCUGUGGACUUCACACCAGUGACUCUUCCGACCUACCAGAGAGUGACCCUGCUGGAAAACAGGGUCUGCUCAGUCGUAUAUCUUCCACUGAGUCCUCCCUUAAAAGGAAUAAACGGAGAGCUCCGCCCCCACCGUUUGAUGGCCCCGCCCCAUCCGAUUCAGAUAACAAAGUAGAGGAAGCUCAAAGGGACGACAGGCGUUCAGACAAAUACAGAGCUCACAUAACUGACCUCUGCCCUGCAAUCACUAAAGUUAUGAGCGAACUUGUGGAAUCUCUGCAGGCACGGCAACAGAGAAAGCUGUCUUCUGCAAAUUCUUCUAUAUCGCAGAAUCAAUCAGCAGAAGAUUCUUCUACGGGUUUGUUUUCUGAGCAUCACACCCCUGAGGCUGAGCUUAAGGCACUUCCUGGCUGUCAGCUGCUGAGGAGCCCCUCUGAGAGAGAAGGUUUGACCACCUUCACCGUGAUUCCCCAGAGACAUCAACAGAGCAGGCAGUGCUUUGAGGUGCCACUAACCUUACAGACACCUGACGCUGCUAAAGCUGAAGAAGACCUGUGUCCUGAAGACCCAGAUGCCCUUGAGACCCCUACCAUAGAGCUUUUGGAAGAAGUCCCAUCUGAAAUUUUUAGAAAUGAGGGUACAGGUUCAGAAAAAAGCGAGCACUUAUCAGAGAUUGUACAUCUACAGCACCUGGAGAAAGAGAAUCAAGCUUUGACGGACAUUGAGAGUGAGAGUUUGGAACUGAAAGAUGAAGAGGACCAAUGUAAUACUCAUCCAAAAAACACUGAGCUAGAGAGUUCACUACAAAGGGGCCUAAAUAAUCUAGUACAUUUCGAUAGUCAGAUAAAUAAUCUAGAACUAAGAGACAGUUGGUCUAGUCUUUCAAAACCUGCUAAUAAACUUGCUGACAGGACACCGAUCGAUACAAAUACAAGCCUUGUUGAGCGAGAGGAGACGGAAGAACAUGCUUCGGUGGAGAAUGAAGAAGAGAAGGACUGGGUAGAGCAAUAUAAAGAUAGGAGAAGGAAGUUUCUGAAUGGUGAUAAUGAUGGUAUGAAGCGAUUUGAUGUUUGGGGAAGGAUUCAAAGAGAAUUUACAAACGUGCAAGAAGAGAACACAAUGCAAGAAAUGGAUUUUCCCUCACCGCCGCCACCUGUCCACUGGGAUGAGAACAGCAGCGAAUACAAAGAGGAUAUAGAAAAUGGGAGUGAGCAAGAAAUACAGUCCUGUGAUGAAGACCUUGAGCAAUGGGCAAACGUUGAUCUGAGUGCUAACUCAAAGCCCAAAUAUGUGCCUUACCUGCAAUACUCCAAACCAAAAGCCCACUCUGCACAAACUAACACUAAACCGGACACCUCCGGUGCUGAAAACAAUUGCAGCUUUACUCCAGAACCUCAUAAAACCUCCUUUUUAUCUAAAUCACAUUCAAGCUUUGACCCUUGCCCUCCAGCAGCAGUGUCUCUCUUUGCCUUGGCUGUAUUUCAGAGGGCUAAGCAUUCCAAACCAGGGCUGGAUCCCAACUGCUCUAGAAGAUGAGAGCUGCCCAUGCACACUCCCAGUAAUUGAUGGCCAUUCUGAACAUGGGAUUGUUCAUUUGGCUUGAAACAGGAAGAGGUUUUCUUCAUCAGAAUGAAGAGCAGGACACACUCCCAAUUAUUUAAACUCCUCAUAUCUUAUAUGAUUAUUUGAUUCUGUGUUUUUAGUCAUUAUGAAUAUUUUGGUUGGAUAAACGCUUCACCUGCAUUUUCCUGUUCUGUCAACUGAUUUUCAUGUGUCCUGAGAAUUCUUUCAGAAAAUUUGAUAUUUUCCAGCUUUUUAAUUGACUCUCACAGGAAUAUUAUGCUAAGAGUAAACUUUGCCCCAAACAAAUACACUUGGGGAGGGGAAACAUGCAUGUAUUCAUAUAUGUAUAUAUUUUGUAUAUUAAUGAAGGCUUGUUUUUUCUAAGGGUUUUUUUUUUUUUUUCUUCAAAGAAAUUAUUCCUGAGAAACUUGCCAAGAUACUAUUUUCUACAUGUUGUCUUUUGUAUUUUUGAGCACAAGUAAAUAAAAAAUCUGCUUGUAAAAUUCA